AUGUCGGCCGACGCGAGUCUCGAGGAGCUUGAGGCGCGACUUGUGACGUUCACAGAGCAGCUGCAGAACAUCCAGGAGCUACUGCAGAGUGACGAGACGAAUGAGGAGUUCCUGAGCAUUGCUAAAGACCUCGUCGAGGUCAUUGAGCUUACGAAAGAGACGAUUGACCUCAAGGUGAACAAAACGCUGUCAGUUGUCCAAGAUUUAGAGCCGCAAAAGAUCCAGGAAUGUCGUCAAGAGCUGCCUUUGCUUGAGAUUGAGUUUGAGCCAGACACAGCAGUUGAAGCGCUGCAGCAAGGCGUGUGGUACCCAGCACAUGUGGAUUCCGUAACGAGUGAUGGACACUACAACGUGACAUUUCUGGGCUUUGGCACGUCUGCCGCGCUCCAGCAGAACGAAUUGAGAGCCAUUUUUGUUGACGCAGAGGAAGCGGCGCGGUUGCCAGCUAAGGAAUCGAUUACAGACGGGUUUAAAUGUCGAGCCAAGUACUACGCGGAUGCGGUAGUUUACUCGUGCUCGGUCACGAAAGUCACGCCUUUGGGCUUCCAGGUGCUGUUUGACGGCUACGGAAAUUCUGAAGAAGUGCCGUAUGAGUACCUGAGACCAGCAGCGGAGUCACCGCAAACAGUAACAGACACUGGUGUUGCUCUGACAUGUACCUCGGAUCCACGUGAUGGCGCUGCUGCUGCAGCGCUUGUGCCGAAGGUGGCACCUGCAGUCAUCCACAAACCCAUUAAAGUUCCUGAAAACUUGCAGAUAUUGCCUUCCGACACCGAGGCUGAGAAAGAGCGCAAACGCAAACGCUUGCGUGCUAUCAAGAGCUUGAACCGACACAAAAACAUUGAUAAUGAGCGCAAUAUCAAGCAGCACGACUGGAAGGCCUUCCAGCACAAGGCGAAAAAGAAGGGUAUAAAGAAAGGUGUUAGCGGGGUGCUGUCCAAACGAGGCUCGAGUAUGUUUGCUUCUCCGCAAACGGUGGAGGGCCGCGUGGGUGUUAUGGGUAGCGGUCAGGGCAUGACGAACUUUCCGGAUGCAAGGAACAAGAAGUCCAAGCACACGUAG